AUGGUGGUAAGAGUCAUCUGCGAACGCCUUCCAACAAACAGUAACGUUGUGCCGCCAAACAAAACAAUCCAAGAUGAUAUCGACUUCAUCAAAGGCAUCGUCUCUAAGGAGGUUGCUGCAGGCACGCAUCUCACUGUCAUUGGUCACUCGUGGGGAGGCAUGCUUGCUUCUGCAGCUUUAGCGAAUUUUGCUGUUUCGCCCGGGUCAAAAGAAGGAGGCGUCACUGACAUGAUCUUCAUUACCGCCUUCAUUCCUUCGGAAAAUGAUUCAUUGGCCAGUCUCUCUGGUAGAAAGCUGCCUCCAGCGCUUGUUGCUGAAUCUGACGGGACUCUGGUGCCGACUGAUCCCAUUCAUCUUUUCUAUCAUGACCUCCCAGAGGAGGAAGCUCAGUAG